AUGGCGCGGUGGUUGUCAUUCUUUGCGGAAUACAACUUUACGGUCGAGUACAAACCAGGACGACUUAAUGUCGUCGCUGAUGCACUCUCACGUCGUCCCGACUUUGAACCAGUCGUGAAACCCAACAGUGAGACAGCCACUGUUGCGGUUAUGACGUCCUCAGUCCCAUCUUCAACGUUGCAUGAUGAUGUGGGGCGGGCGUAUGCCAAAGAUGCCGUUUCUGGUGACACACCACGUGUUGUCAUUCCAGAUGAUACUGAUCUGCGUUUGCGGAUCAUGUUCGAGUAUCACGAUGCUCCUAUAGGAGGACAUCGUGGCCGUGAGAAAACACAUCUCACGGUGAGUCAAGACUUUUACUGGCCCCGCCAGUAUCAGUUUGUGCGAAAGUAUAUUAGCGCAUGCGAAGUCUGUCAACGAGUGAAGUCAAGUCCUUCACUGCGUGCACCUUUACAGCCUCUACCGGUUCCGGCUGAGUGCUGGGAAUCCACCUCAAUGGAUUUUGUCUUCGGGUUACCCAAAGACGCACGCGGGACUACGGGUAUUCUCGUAUUUGUUGACAGAUUCAGCAAAAUGGUACACCUUGUGGCUGUACCAGAGACAAUCACGGCAAGUGGCUGUGCUUGUGUCUUUAUUGACACCAUCUUCCGACUUCAUGGGUUGCCCCGUGAACUCGUAUCAGACAGAGAUCCACGAUUCACUGCUGAUUUCUGGCGUUCCGUGUUCAAAUCACUCGGAACGCGCUUGAAGAUGUCUACAUCUGAUCAUCCAGAGUCAGAUGGUCAGACGGAACGUGCCAACCGUGUCCUUGAAGAGAUACUUCGAGGAUACGUACACUCCUUUAAGAGUUGGAGUGAGUUUUUGCCAAUGGUAGAGUUUGCCAUCAACAACUCGGUGCAUACGUCCACGACACAUACACCGUUUUACGUGAAUGGCUUGCGCCAUCCGCGUGUACCCACCUUACUAGAGUGUAACUAUGGUUUAAGGGAGGGGGGAGGGACUCGCGCGAGCAAAAACCGAUUUGGUUCACGCUCAUCACGCUCUGACGAAGAAGUCAUUGCGUUUGAUGCCGAUAUCGAUAACAUCGAUAUCGAAGAAGAUGAUGCCAGUGAGAGUGCGGAAGCCCUCACUGAAGAAGAUGAUCCCAGUGAGAGUGCGGAAGCCCUCACUGAAGAAAAGGUUGAUGUUGCUGCAGUGCGCUCACAGCACACUGAAGCUAACGAGUCAUCAGAUGAGUUCAUACUGGCUCGUGAAACGGUAGUCCGUUUUGUGAAAGACUCCAUCGCCCAAGCGGUGGAUAAGCAAAAGCAAAACGCUGACAAGAAUGGAAGGGCAAACACUCUUGUAUUUAAUAAAGAUGACUUAGUCCUACUGUCUACGGUUAAUCUACCAAAGCAUGUAUUGACUAACUUGGGUAGCAGUAAACUACUACCCAAGUACAUCGGCCCAUUUCGUGUAUUGCACCGCCUAGGCAAUGCAUACACGAUCGAGUUACCACGUAAGAUGCGAACGCAUCCCACGUUUUACGUUGGUCGACUUAAGCCGUACCAUCAGUACGCUGCUUCUUCCGAUGAAGAACGCCCUUACGCUCAAGCAUCUCGCAGAGAGCCUUGUGCUCCCGAUGGUGGGCAUCAACAAGGGUCUGAAGAGCAGUUAUCUCAGCACGAGACCGAUCAACAAUCCCACGAGCUACCCUUAGCUCGUCACGAAGAGAUUGUCCGCCAGUUGGAGACGCCUAUUCCGCUCAUGUUCGAGAUCGUCGCGUAA